AGGUCAUUUACACAAAGUUGUUAUUGAUUUAUUCUCACCACAGAUUUGUGGGAAAGUAAAUAAACAUCAGAAUUUAGCUUAAUUAAAAUCUUUCUUGAAAUACAAUAGAUAGUACUGAUGGAAGAGGAGGUGCACAUUAAUGAUCUACCUGAGGAGAUUCUUCCGUACAUUUUCGAUAACCUAGCGCUGCAGGAUCUGAAAAAUGUUUCACUGGUAUGUAGACUGUGGUCAGAGAUCGCCUUUUCGGGCCGUUUUAUGAGUCGAAUAAUGCUGAGGCUGGACUUUCGUGAUGGCAUACAAAAUCAUUGCGAACGCUACCUGCUGGACAGUAACCGUGCGUAUCGCCAUAUCGGUUUCUACUACCGGAGCGACAAGCUGGAAUUGGAUACGCUGCUUUCGGUGCUGGAAAAGUUUGAAAACUCGGUAGUCACACUAAAAAUAUGCCCAAAUUAUUUUAUCAUGCUGCCUGAUCUGCGGCUGAUUCUGUUGCAGGUACCCAACUUGGAAAGUUUGUUCAUCGUGUCUCGAAUAUGUCCUGAUUUAAGCAGAAGAGAUGCAGGCAUGUCUUUCCCGGUGAUGCGAAAACUGAAACAUCUGUACCUGGAAAACGACGGUGGCCUUCAACUGGACGAAAUCGAUUUCCGCGUUAUGACUCCGAACAUCGUCAGCUUAGACAUGGAUUGUGAUUCGGAACGAGCGUUGACCGUGUACGAACAUUUCAGCCAGCAGCUGCGCGAGUUAGCUGUUUUCUUCAAGCGUGAUGACUUUUUCCUCCCGUUUUGUGAGCUAAGAUUUUCACAACUGGAGGUACUUGAUUUCUAUAGUGAUGAUCACCAGUUUGAAAUUCCGAACUCGGUACAAAUAGUUUGUAACUUUUUCCGAAAAAUGCCAAAGUUGCGAAAAGUUACGCUUCGGUGCAACAUCAAUGAGGACGUGCUGGCGGCCAUCACCGAAAGCUGUCCAGAACUGGUUACAGUCUAUUUGAAGGGAGACAAUUUAGGGGAGAAGUCAUUUCGGCAUCUCGGACAACUGAAGAAUCUCAAGAGUUUAAAAAUUGAGGGCUGGAUACGGUGUAACAUUCUACAGGGGUGCAGUCCAAUUCCUUCUCUAGAUCAGAUGUAUCUCCACUCGGUGCUGGUGGAUGAUACGCAAGGUUUCUUCCGGUUGCUUAAAGAUAUCGCUCCAAACCUUCGAACGUUGGAAGCCAUUGAGUCGGAUAUCGAUGAUGAAUGUUUGAAGUACAUUAGCUGCAACAUUGCAUCGCUCCGAUCUUUAGUUCUCGAAUUUUGUCCAAAUCUUACCGAAGAAGCUUUUAGCUUCAUGGAUAGACUCAAACAGUUACGCGAACUGAAACUUGGCUAUCUGGAUGUUCCUUCGAACCUGUUCGAACUGAUGCCACGAAACUCCGUGCGUCAUUUCUCUCUGUACCGCUGUGAUAAACUGGACGAUGCGGCAUUGCUAGUGAUAGCGGACAAGUUUCCACGUCUCUGCUAUAUGGAAAUCGCUAGUUGUCAUAAAAUUACUCUUGAAGGCGUCACAGCAAUGCGAAAAGCGUUGCCUAACACAGAAAUUGAGAGUUUUAUGCUUUUCUAGCUAAACGGGAGAACUACCAAGUACUACAAUGUAUUUUUCGAACGAAUGAGAAGUAACCGGGGAGUAAAUCGUAUCGUAUUGUGACGGAACAGGUUGGUGGACGGGUUGGCGGCCAUUCGUGGACAUUGCUGGUACUAUUGGCAGUUAUUGCAGAACGGUUUGUUUAGCGGUUUGAUUGCUGUGAUUAAGGAAAAGUUUCAAAAUUUUAAGAAGAUUCUGUGCUGCAUCGCUAGUAUUUUACCGUGGUAGAAAGGAGCCGCUUGGCACAUUUAGUUUAAUUAGAUCAACUUAUAUAACCAGUUUUUCUUACAUAAUUAGAAUUCUAGGUUUAGGUGUGUAUUGCCCGAGCAAAGUCUGAUACCAAAUUGAAGCUAAACUUGAUGUUGGGAUGAGGUUGCAGGCAAUUACCAUAAAGAAAAUAAUAACUAGAAACCCCAUUGUAACGAAUCACUCGUUAGGGGAGAGUGGGUACGCUUGAUCCCACUUUUGUUUUUUUCUCAUAACUUUUCAAUGAAAUAAAAAAUUUAAUUGCAAUAUACGCCAACUUGUAGUCAACUCGAAUUGUACGAGCUAUGAAUAAUGUGUAAACCCGAAUACUAUGUCUGGUCAGUAAUAUUUUUUGAAAAUCAUACCAAAACGAGGUUUUUGUAAAAACGUGUUGUAACUUGAUCCCACGCCUGCUAGGGAUAAAGAAACAGAGCGCACUAUGACUUAUAGACACCUAAGUUCAGCUAACCACCUAUCCUAACAAAUUAAUUAAUAAGACUACCUUUUUAGAUGCACGACAAACUUUUACCACAGUAGAUAGUCAAGACAACUAUUUGCGGUAAAUCAAUGCUGUUUAACUGGCUUUUCCAACCUUCAAUAACUUUUACCAUGAUUUGUUAACGGAAAAAGCAUUUUAGAUCAAUUAAUAGGGACUUUAUGAAAAUGAUGCUUUUCUAUUUGUAUACAUUUCGAAUGCGUUUGAGAGAACUAAUGAUAGGGAUCAAGAAUACCCAGUGUUACAGGAAUCAUAGAUACCUGUGUAUGAGGUGAACAAAAUUUAAUUUUUUGACAUUAAAAAUGUCUUACUCCACUAUCUGGGGCUAGGUGUCAUUCUAAAAUCUAAACUAUCUCCCAUGUAACGAAACUAUGUAACGUUUGCACGCUUAUAACUCCGAUAUUACUAGAUGGAUUUUAAUCAUUCAUACACCAACCGAUUCAGAAACACCUAACUUAAAUAUUGGUAAUAAUUUAAUAUCUCCCCAAUAAAAGUAGACUUUUGAAAAUUGGUAAAAUUAAAAAGUUCACAAAAAACGGGAAAAAUACCAUUCGUGAGGCAGAUUUCUCAGACACAGCCGUCAAAAGAGGGCAGCUUAGUUGCUCAAUGAAACACAAAAAGUCAUAAAUAGAAGCAACGCAUGUCCGUUUAAAUCAGUUGUUGCUCUUAUCCCACACGAGCAACGUCGUCUCCGGGCGAUGCAAUAAGCGCUGUCGAUUUUCGGUAACGUUGGCAUUUGCACACACUCGCACCUAAGUGACUAAACCAUAUACGGUUAGUUUAUAAAUAGAGGUGACGCGUACCCGUUUGAAUCAGUUUUUGUUCUUAUGUCGAACGGGUAAGAUCAUGGCUGCAGUGUCUGGGCACUACAAUAAGCGGUAGACGCUAUGCAUUUUCGGCAGCGGUGGCCGUGUGCGGAUUUGUCGGGUACCAGCAUGGUGUCACAGAAUGAUUUGCAAAGUGGGUGGGCGUUAAGAGUGUUGCGUUUGAAAAAUAUAUAUUUAUUUUUAUGCAUGCGUGUGCGUUGUAACUUGUUAAUCCAUGUUUACGGCGCUUUGUAGCUGCGUAGGGUAAAGAGCCUUUUGGUUUUCAUGUUUCAUAUUUCGGUUAUAUGUUUUUUAUCAGUAAGGCAUCUGACAACGUGCUUCUGUAGUUAUUGCACUGUUCAGCAGCGUAGUAUUUUAUAUAGGAGAGUACACUCAGGUUUUUUACGCGGAUUUUGAAAUUUACGCGGUUUUCAUUAACGCGUUUUUUUUAAAUUUAUGCGGUUUUCAUUUACACGGCCUGUAUCCCCUGCGUGAAAAAUCUGAGUGUAAUUGCAUCGGAAACAAUCACAUUCCCAGCAGAACUUUUUGUUUUCUAAUUUCAAACACUUUUGUUUCGUACUGCACACAACGGAAAAUUUUAAAACAGAACUUACCGUCCCAGUAGCAGUUGAAGCGGGUGUUCUUUUUCGAUUCAAAUUCAAGCCAUGUCUUAAGCGUUACUGGAUUUAAAAUUGUUUUCCCAGUUUAACCAGUCAAAAUAUCUGUCCUACCCUAUGUAUUUAAAACACAGUUCUAAUUGCGUUUUAAGGUAUACAACAAAUACGGUUGAGUAUACUAAUUUAAAUUUUAAAAUAAAUCUGUUUUAAAUUAUGAAACAAACCUCUGUACUGAAGAUAUAAUUAUGUCAGUCCUAUUACCACAUAAAACACCUAUAUAACAUAAAACGCUGCAGAAUUGGUUUAAUAAUACAAUGUUUACACUACAGAGUUAUAACACGUUUUAAUAAUUAGCAGAGUUUACAAUUUUCGCAUUCGUGAACAGAAUAAGGCGAUAUUUCACCUACUUCGACCAGCAAUAAAAAAGCAAACAUACGAUGUAACAUUGUUUGCUCUCUAACUUUUCUCGACAAGACAGCAUUGGAUCUUAUCUUUUCGCGGUAUAAUAUGAGAUGAUAUUUUCGCGCCUAAUGUAAAACUGCCGAAUAACUAAUGGUUUCGUAAAAAUUCACAAAAAUGAGUAGAUACAGAUCCUUAGAAUGAAAAUACUGCAAUAAUGUGGGGAAAUAAAUUCUAUAAUGUAAUAUAUUAAUGGUUUUUCUUGAACUUAAUUUAUCACGAGGUUCGAAGCAGCGAAAUUAUCACGCUUCCAUACUGCAUUGUCAGCAAAUUCUCACAAUUUCUUGAAAGGUGAAAAGUUGGGUCGGUGCCUACUAAGGAUGAAAAAGCUGUGCGAUAAACUGCUUGUCGUGAGAAUGAGCGAAUAUUUUAACCUCCUGUUUUUUUUUUUAAUAUUUUAAAACUCUCUUUAAUAUUAUUAAUUAGCAACAAGAAAAAUGUCACCAAGAUAGCAUAAAAACCCGUUUUAACUGGUAGUGUGAACGUUGCAUAACAAUGUAAUUUAUCAAAUAAUUUCAUUUUUCCACCACUAAUCGAUUAAGAAAUACUUAAACUUAAGAUUGUUUACUUAAGUUCAUUAGUACAUUAUUGAAAAUUUAAAUGGAAAAUGAAAUUUCAUAUUUUAUGGAGAAUCUGUAUAUUUCCGUUGGCGGGCGUGGGUUUCCUCAUCACAGCUUUCAAUAUGGAACUUUUCCUUUGAAUAUAUUUUCUGGACAGACCAGCCUAUUUUUACUAGAUGGAUCAGCCAAAUAAUGCCAAUCACCUAGUAAGAUACUUGAUUAAUUAAUAGAUUACCGUUAAAAGACCUUCAAUAAAUUAUGUUUUAAUGGGGAGGGUAUAUAGCAAAUUGUAACAUAUGAAAACAGGCGAGUGAACAAGAACGUGUGUCGAUAUGUGUGAUAGAUAAAAUUCAUUUGCACGCUCUUGAAAAAAGCUAUAUUUUUAAUGUCCCCGUGGUCGUGUCCUGUACACAACCCUUUAAUUUUUUUGGAAUGUGUUGUGAAACUUUUUAUUCAUAAAACGUGUUUUUCUAGGCAAAAGCCUUUAAAAAGUUAUCGUGCAUGAAAAUAUUCAUAAAUAAUUAUUUCGACGAUCUCGUACAACCGCACAAAAAAUUUGGUGAUAAAAUCUUCGAGAUGGAUUUAAACACAUAUUUUCUAAAAUAUUUUACAACUUUUCCAAACCAAAUGUAAUACAUCAAAUUUGUUUUUUAAACAUCAUAAACGAGCAAAUAUUUUAUUUUCUUUUUAUAUUGUUAUAACUUUAUUCGUAUAGGUUAUGAGAUAUGACCAGGGAAUCAAAUAUGCCCAAGGAUCAAGUGUCCUCACUCUUCCCUACACUGAAUCAACGCGAUUCUGCAGAAACGGUAGCGUUAGGUAUACUAUAAAUAUACCAUGCGCAUUUAUCAAUACCUACUGAGGGAUUCCAUGAGAAACCGGCCGACCACAAAAUAUGACCAUCGUCGAUUCGAACGAAAAUUUGAAGUUGAGUUCGGUUUAUGAAUCUCUUUGAUUUUCUCUGAUAAUUGCAAUGUUUUGAUACAAGAGCAAUUUUUUACAGGGGCGUAGACAUUUCUACGCGAAUUUUUUUAAAUUUUUUCGUUCGAUUACUGUAUUUUAUACAGCUAAACUUUCUGAGAACGAGUUACAGGUAAUGAAUAUUUCUGUACAAAAAACUAUACAUUGAAAAAAUGUCAUUUUUCAUAAAAAAAUUGUGUUAAAAAUU